CUAUAAUAAUAAUACUCGAUUACUACUCGGUUAAAGCGUAGCGCGUACUUAAUUUUUUCUAUUAUCUUUGCGAAUUAACACAAGCUGAUUUGCAACUAAUGACGCGUACAAUUCGGUAAUUUUUUUUCGAGCUUCCUAACGUGUCAAGUUGUGCCGCGAAAUAAGAAAAUGAAGUGCUAAGUGUAUGAAACAUUUUUAAACAGCCUUUCUAACGAAGCAUCCUAAAGAUCUCAAAUGGACUAUUAAGAAACUGCAAAUUAUUUAAAUACGAGAUGUACAUUUGUGAAGAGGUCCAUUAUGGAGAAGCUGAAAACGUACAUCACAAGCCAGGAAGAGAGAGAGAAAUCACGUGAUAGCUAAAAGUGAUGGCAAAGCUCCUUUUUGCGAAGAAAUCACUGCUUAGUCUAGAUAGCUAGCUCAUCACCGAAAAGUAUCCGAAUCACAAACAUAUCAUCUGCUAUCGACUGCAAAUAGUACGAGUUUGAAAUGCCAGGUCAAAAAGAAAAACUGAAAAUUUUAGUUACAACUCCAAAUAUUCCACAAGCUACUAUUGACUUAUUGUCCCGAGACUACGAAGUAAUCGUUUGCCAAAGUGUGCCACCAAUACGUUCGGAAAUUUUGGAGAAAUGCAAGGGUGUGCAUGCCGUAUUAUGGGCGUCGAGUCUUAAGCUCGAUAGAGAAAUAAUUGAUGCCAUAGGUCCACAACUGAAAGCGAUCUCCACUAAAUCUGCGGGCAUUGAUUUUGUAGAAGUAGAAGAGUUUAAGCGACGCAAGAUACCGCUGGGUCAUGUACCUUAUGUUCAAAACGAUACAGUGGCAAAUAUGGCGGUUGGCUUGUUGCUGGCAGCAGCACGUCGUUUCCACGAAGGACGUACGAAGAUCGAGACCAACAAUUGGGAGACAUUCACUCUAAACUGGAUGUUGGGUCAGGAUGUGCGCGAUUCGGUAGUGGGUUUCUAUGGUUUUGGUGGUAUCGCCCAGGCGAUCGCCAAACGUUUGUCCGGUUUCGACAUUGAUAGUGUUCUGUAUACCACACGUCGACGCGUGUCUGAGGAAAUCGAAAAGGAGUACAAUGCCAAAAAAGUAGAUUUCGAUACCAUGCUUGCUCAGAGUGAUUUCGUUAUCAUUGCUGCACCCUUGACUAAAGAGACCGCUGGUGUUUUUAAUGCCACUGCUUUUGGUAAAAUGAAGAAAACCGCCGUGCUGGUGAAUAUUGCACGUGGGGGCCUUGUAAAUCAGCAAGAUUUGUAUGAGGCCUUGAAAACAAAUCAGAUAUUCGCUGCCGGCCUGGAUGUGAUGACACCUGAACCACUCCCAUCGAAUGAUCCUUUGUUGAGUUUGCCAAAUGUUGUGCUUAUGCCUCAUUUAGGUUCGGCUAUCAAGCGUACACGGGACGACAUGUCAAUGCUUGCGGCCCAUAACAUUUUGCACGGACUUGCUGAUGAACCCAUGGCGGCACCCGCAUAUUAAAUAUCCAAGCAAUUUUUAAAAUUAUUAAAUUAAACUUGAGAUUUUAAUAAAGCUAAAUCUGUAUCACAUACUCGUAGUUGGACAUAUUGUUGGUAUGGAAAUAGAAUAAACCAAA